GUGGGAGCGCGGGGCUUGGUGGCCGGUAGGAGGCCGCUGGAGGCUGACGCGGAGCCUAAGAUGGACCCCGAGGCGCUCGUCCAGUGUCCCUACGACAAGGCGCACCAGAUCCGGGUGUCCCGGCUGCCUUACCAUCUCGUCAAGUGCCAGCGGAACAACCCGCAGGUGGCUCGCUCGAUGGAGAUCUGCCCUUUCAACGCCAGGCACAGGAUCCCGCGAGCCGAGCUGCAGAGACACAUUGCCUGCUGCCCCGACCAGCGCCUGCUCUUCGACUCUCAGGGGUCGUCUGUGUGCGUCGGUGACCAGGCAAAGCAACCCAAGGUCCCCGUGGCCUGGCAGGCCCCACCGUGCCAAGAGGACUGGGAGGCAGAGGUCAGCGAGCUGGAGGAAGCUGCACCGUUUAUCCUCAACGCCACUGUGAGCGAGCUGCCCCUCCAAGAAGACAGCGCUGCUCUGACUGCAACCCCAAACUGGAGCGAAGGUGUGGGUCCUGCUGCAGCGACGGUGACAACAGGACACCUCGUGAAGGGGCCGGGCCAGCGGGAGCUGCACAGACCAAGGAGGGUGGUGGCACAGCUGAGGUGGUGCCCACCUCCCCGCUAGGACCAGGGGAACCACGGUGCAAGCAAGGGCAGCGCCUGCUUGGUAUCUGCUGCAGGGAAUGAUUGUAGCAAUAGGUUUUUAAAAACGUUUUGGAAAUAAUGUGGCUUGUGAGUGUGCGUGGUGUCCUGUCGCUUUUGGGAAGGGGAACUGCUUGGCAUUGCUGAUAGGGGACAGCAGCAAAAUGGGGGCCGUAGUGGGAUGGGGAAGGGGGUUUCCAGUAGGAUGAGAGUUGAAAGGUGGGGACCAAGAGGCUCCCCUGGUGUGAGCAUGUCGUGGGUCUGCCAUGUUGUUUGUCCCCUGCACUGCUUGGCUGUGCUCUCAGCGCGUUCCGUGCGGCCUCCUGCUUGUGGCACAGUCAGUAGGGGAGGGGGAGCAGCAUUUUGGGGUCUGUCCUUGUCUCCGUACCCCCCACAGUUCACCCCCGUGGCCAGCCUGCCUUCCAGCACUGCCCCCCAUAGCAUCCCUGUGUCCCCAGGUGCCUCCACGACACCCCUGCUCUGCCUGUACCCAGUCCCUCAGCAGUGUGUCCCCAGGUCACUGGUGCCCCGCUACCCCCCUCAGCCUGUCCCUUUAUCUGAGAUGGGGACAGCACCGAAGAGGACGUCCAGAACCACCCAGCGUGGCCAAAAUGGCUCCAGGCCGGGGGGGGGGGAACCCACAGAUCCCCGACCCUGCCAAGAAGGUGAGGAAAAACUCGGAGGAGGCGCCGGAUUUGGGGCGGGACGGAUGGAAAUGGGAACGUGUGUGUCACGCUGCCUCCUCUGGCCGGGCUCCCAGCCGCCCCCAACGCGCUUUAACCCGCGCCAGCCGGGACGAUCGCAGCGAAGGCAACGGCGGGGACCCCGCGGGGCUCAGUUUGGGGAGAAAUCCUGCUUUUUUUUUUGUGCAGCGGUCUCCCC